AUGUAUUAUUUAGAACAAGGUGAAUUACAUAUAUCUGAUCAGCAAACAGCUCUCAAGGAUCGUUAUAAUGAUAAUAAUCAAAAUUUUCAAGAAGAAUUUCCAAUUGAUGCUCCAGAAUUAAAUAAUGCAGCAACAAAAAUUCAAGCACAAUUUCGUGGACAUAAAACGAGACGAAAUUUAGAAAAGAAGAAACAUGAAAAAGAUGAAACCAUUGAUUCUGAUCCACAGAAAGCAGAUUAUGCAAAUAAGCAAUCAAAAACAUUCAAUGAUGAAUACCAAGAAUCAUCACUUUCAACCGGUGCAAAUAGUCAACAACAAAAUAAUCAAGCUUCUGAAGACUUUAAUGAUGAUCUCACUGAGGAAGAAAAACAACAACAAGAACGUGCUGCUACAUCUAUUCAAGCACAGUUUCGUGGAUUUAAAACUAGACAAAAUUUACAAAAAACGAAGCAAGAGAAAGAUGGAAUCAUUGAUUCUAAUCAACAGAACCUAGACUAUGCAAAUGAGCAAUCAAAAACAUAUCACGAUGAAGAUCAAGAAUUAUCGCUUUCAACCGAUACACAUGCUCAACAAGAAAAUGACGCUGAUGAAGAGUUCAAUGAAGAGCUUACUGAAGAAGAAAGACAAGAACAAGAACGUGCUGCUAUAGCCAUUCAAGCACAGUUUCGCGGAUUUAAAACAAGACAAAACUUUCAAAAAAUGAAACAUGAAAAAGACGGAAUCUUUGAUUCUGAUCAACAAAACGCAGACUAUGCAAAUGAGCAAUCAUCACUUUCAGCCGAUGCAUAUGCUGAACAACAAGAAAGAGAUAGCGCUGAUGAGGAUAAUUAUGAUGAUCUCACUGAAGAAGAAAAACAACAACAAGAACGUGCUGCCGUGUCCAUUCAAGCUCAGUUUCGUGGAUUUAAAACAAGACAAAAUUUGCAAAAAGAGAAACAUGAAAAAGAUGAAGUCAAUUAUUCUGAUCAACAAAAACCAGAUAGUGCAAAUGAACACGAAAAAUCUUCGCUUUCAACCGAUGCACAUGCCCAACAACAAGAAAGAGAUAACGCUAAUGAAGAUAAUUAUGAUGAUUUGACUGAAGAAGAAAAACAACAACAAGAACGCGCUGCUACAUCCAUUCAAGCACAGUUUCGUGGAUUUAAAACUAGACAAAAUUUUCAGAAAAUGAAGCAAGAAAAAGAUGGAACGAUUGAUUCUGAUCAACAGAACCUAGACUAUGCAAAUGAGCAAUCAAAAACAUAUCACGAUGAAGACCAAAAAUCCUCACUUUCAACCGAUGCACAUGCUCAACAACAAGAAAAUAAAGCUGAUGAAGAUAAUUACGAUGAACUUACCGAGGAAGAAAAACAACAACAAGAACGUGCUGCUGUGUCCAUUCAAGCACAGUUUCGUGGAUUUAAAACAAGACAAAAUUUUCAAAAAAUGAAACAAGAAAAAGAUGGAAUCGUGGAUUCUGAUCAACAGAACCAAGACUAUGCAAACCAACAAUCAAAGACUCAUCACGAUGAAGACCAACAAUCUUCACUUCCAACCGGUGCAGAUACUGAACAGCAAGAAAAUAAAGCUGAUGAAGAUAAUUUUGAUAAUCUUACUGAAGAAGAAAAACAACAACAAGAACGUGCUGCUACUUCCAUUCAAGCACAAUUUCGUGGGUUUAAAACAAGACAAAAUUUUCAAAAAAUGAAGCAAGAGAAAGAUGAAGUUAUUCAUUCCGAUCAACAAAAAGUAGACUAUGCAAAUGAACAAUCAAAAACAGACAAUGAUGAGGACCAAAAACCGUCAUCUACAGCCGGUGCACAUUCACAACAACAAGAAAAUAAAGCUACUGAAGAUUUUACUGAUAAACUUACUGACGAAGAAAAACAAGAACAAGAACGUGCUGCUAGAUCUAUUCAAAAAUUUGACAAUAAUUACGAUAGAACAGCAACUGAUGUCAGUGGACGUCAUAAUCUUGAUGAAAAGUUAAUAACACCUGAGAAAAAGAACGACGAUCGUGAUCGUCUACAUUCUGAACUGGAAGAAGAAACACAAUUCAGUAAAGAUUUUGCAAAACAUACACAAUUAUCAUUUGAUUCAAAUUAUUUUCAAGAACAACAAAACGAAUUUUAUAAUAACGACCAAGACGAUAUGAGUGAUCCAAAUCUUGAUAAAGCAGCUACACGUAUUCAAGCAUCAUAUCGUGGUUAUAAAACUCGAAAAGAAUUAGGUACACCCGGUGGUAAUUCAAUUACUGGACAAGAUCAAAUUCAUCCAUCAUCAAAUUCUCCCAAAAUACAUGAUGAAUAUGGUAAUACUCGUAAUAAAAAUAUUUUAUCACCAUCGGCUGAAGGUAAUAAAGUACUAGUAGGUGAAGAUGAUGAUAGUGCAGCAGCUGCUGUUAAAAUCCAGGCUGCUUAUCGUGGUUAUCGAGUUCGAAAAGAUCUAGAAAAAUAG